AUGUCUACCGGAGUUGGAAUGUCCUCAUGCUGCUUGACCGGCAAGGUCCAGGAAGGUACCCCCAAGGGCCACAUCGAGACCAUCGCUGGUCUUCAGACCUACGUCGCCGAGCCCAAGGACGGCUCAAAGUGGAAGACCGUCAUCUUCCUCGUCGACAUCUUCGGCUGGGAGUUCAAGAACACCCGCUUGCUCGCCGACCAGUACGCCGCACAGGGCUUCACCGCUUACAUCCCCGACGUUCACGAGGGUGAUUCGCUUGACAUUGAGUUCUUGCAGACCGUCGAGCCUCAAAAGACCGAGCGCGACUCUCGCAGCAUUACUGAGAAGGCCGCUGCUACUGCAAAGACUGGCGCAACUCUUGGCCCUUGGCUCCUUAAGCACCGCGAGAGCGUCGCUCGCCCCUUGAUCGAGAGCUUCAUCAAGCAGGUUCGCUUGAUUCCCGGAACCAACAAGGUCGGUGCGAUUGGCUUCUGCUGGGGUGGCAGAUAUGCCAUUCUCGCUGGAGACAAGGACUUCAGUGGUGCCGAGGGUAUGGGUGUGGACGCCGUCUACAGCUGUCACCCUUCGCUCGUGGCCAUCCCUGGAGAUUUCGAAGGUCUCGCCGUCCCUGCAUCCUUUGCGCUCGGCGACUCUGACAGCUUGCUCGGGAACAAGGAGGUUGACCAGAUCAAGGAGCUCAUGUCCAAGAAGAAGAGCGAGGGUAUCGACACCGAGGUUCGCGUCUACGAGGACCAGGUUCAUGGAUUCGCACUUCGCGGAGACUGGAACUCAGAAAAGGACAAGAAAGCCAUGGACGAGUCGUGCAAGCAGGGCAUUGACUUCUUCAACAAGCACCUGGCAUAA